AUGCUUAAUCCCUAUUCUGCAUGGGAAAGAGCCCUUGAUAUUGCGAAACAUAACAAGAAACUUGAUGAAAUCAAGAAAAAGCCUUCAAAAAACAUUGAUAAUCGUAUGCCAGAGCAGUACCUUAAUCCUGUCACCAAAAAGUAUGGCCAUGGAUCUUAUCCAAUCCAACGAUCUCGAAAUAUCCAAUCAGAAAACUAUCAUUUAUUAGAAAAAAUCGUCAAUAUUCACCAAAAAAGUAAAAAAUUCGAAAACCACCACUGAAGCCCAAAAUCUUUACAUGUCCACAAAUGAAGACUAACUCCCCCUUUUUCCUUUAAUUUAGAAUAAAAUAUUGGUAAACUUUAGGUACUUAAACUCCCUUUAGAUUGGAACACGAAUUUUUAUAUCAAUUUAAAGGGGUAAGCAAUGCCAAAAUUAAUGAAGAAAAUCAAAGGAUUAUAAAACGGAUCAAUGAAGCCAGCUCAGGACUUGACCGAAAGUCAAUGGAAAAAGAGUUUCAACAGUUUCAGCAGUAUGCUGGGAACCGAUCGAGGUUCAAAAAUGCACAAAUUCAGAAAAGUAUUUCAAAAAGCGAAGUGAAGAAAGGUAAAUUACCUCCUAUAGAAGCGGAUACAAGUCUUUUUAUUACAAAAGAAAACUCGAAAUCACUUGGAAAUUCGCCAAUUUCUAAGUCCUUUUCAUUAGCAGGGAUUGAUUCUAAAUCUCCAGCAGAGUUAUAG